AUGGGUGGUAAGAAAAGAAGUAGAUCCAUGUUUGAGAUAUCGAUGGAGGAAAAGAAGCUUCUCGAAAAAGAAUGGGAUAGUGCAUUGUGCACAAUAUGCUUAGAACAUCCUCAUAAUGCAUCUCUUAUUAUAUGUACUUCCCAUGCUAACGGUUGCAGACCUUAUAUCUGCAAUCAAGUCCACCGGGAUUGCAAUUGCCUUCGUCAAUUUCUGAAACUCAACAUUAAUUUAAGAUGUCCUCUAUGCAGGGGAGAUGUCUUAGAGGUGAAGGAUGUCGAAGAGGAUGUUAAAAAUUACAUGAAUUCCAAGACUCGAGAUUGUGCAAAAGGGUUAUGCAAGUUUGUAGGCAACUAUGGUGAGUUGACUAAACACACAUAUCGUUAUCACCCUUUUGAUGAUUUUCCUGUUUUGGAGGAUUAUAUGAUAUCUGACGGUCGUGCGGUUGAAGUCAUCGGUCCCAUGGUUCGUGUAUUGCCAGAUACGCUGUUUGAUAUACAUAAUAUGGGUGAUUAUUUUGAAUCACAAUUUCACAUGUACUUGCAACGCUGGUAG